AUGCUGCUGGUGCUAAGUCGUCGUGUCGUCGGCCUGCGGUCCCGGUGUCUAAAAGCUGUCUCGACAUCGUCUCUAUCACUUUCUCAUUUAUUGCAUCAUAGUCGUGUGCAUUUUCAAGCAGCAACUGAUUUUGCACGUGUUGAUGUUGAGAUUGUGCCGGUAUUGAACGUAUUGGACUGUUGCAUGCGCGUGUCACAUGAUGUGGACAUUCAGAAGACAUUUUCCAUGGACAUGGUGGACACAAAAACGUUACGGAUUGUGAAGAAAACGAGUGGAGGUGACACGAAGGUACAGCUGUUGCUGCCACCGACGCUUGAUUUGCAUGUGGCAGUAGCCAAUGGCCAUGUCGUGGUGCAGGACAAGAUUGAAGGUGACGUGAAGGUCGUCGUAGGAUGUGGUGACAUUACUGUACAUAAACUGCGCGGCCAGCUGGUCCAUUUAAAGACCAAUGGGGGAACGAUCCAAGUGUCGGCAGUCAUUGAAGGUGAGACGGUGCACUUGGAAGCCAGUGACAGUAUCCACUGCAAGAAAUUAAUGGCAGAUAAAGCACAGGUGAAACUUGGGAAAGAAGGACAGAGUGAUUCGAACUUUGGAGCCAUUUAUGCAUCAACAUGUAGCAUCACGUCAACGGAUCAGACUGGAGAGACGGCGUUGCGAGUUGGGAAUAUGCAUGGCUAUUUACGAGUAUCAAGUGAAGGACUAAAGAGUGUCCAGGUGGACAGUGUGACGGGUGCUUUGGACAUGCAGGACAGUGGAGACAAGUGUCACGUUGUAGCACACUUUGAUUCGUGGACGGACAAGAGCUCUAGUAGUAUUUUGGUUGGUGGAGACGUGCGGGUCUCUUUGCAACCUGCAGCACCAAUUGAUGUGGAAUUGCACGGUGCAAAGGUCACACUCGGGACAGAAUGCAACUUUUUAAGCAGUGAAAUGGACCAUUUGGAUGACGACUACGCCGUCUUUACAGGCGAACUUCAGGCACAAGAAGGAACUCUGGCCUCGCCUUCGACGGGGAAGAUUAAUAUGGAGAGCGCAAAGGACGAUGCGAUGCGGACGUCCUUCUUUAUGAAACAGAGCUCGAGCGACGACGAGAGCGGGGAAUCCAAGACAUCGCGGCUGUUUGUUCAUGCACUGAGUGGUGAAGUUACGCUGGAUCAGCUAAACUGGAUGGACAAUAUCAAGCGCAAAUACUUGAAGCAAUAG